AUGUGUACAGCAGACCAAAAAACGACCCGGGUCAGGAAACUCGGUAAUACCCGGCUCAGUAAACAGGCCGUUGAGGGAAGGUCUUGGCCCAAUUUCGGGGAUGCUGUAAGGGAAGAUGUUGGUAGCGGAGUCACUAUGGUUUCCACUGAAGAAAUCUUCCUUGAACGACCUAGAGCCCUUGGCAGCAAAGUAGACAAAACAAAGGCUGGUGGAGAUUCCUUGGCUCAACUAGGAAAAGGAGGUGUUCUUACGGUGUGCAGAACAUGUGGUAAGAAGGGUGAUCACUGGACAUCUCGGUGCCCAUACAAGGACCUCGCACAACCAACCGAAGCGUUCAUCGAUAAGCCUGCAGUAUCCAUUGCUGGAUCGGGUAAGAAUACUUAUGUUCCUCCAGGCAUGAGAAACGGAGCUGAUAGAAGUGGAACCGAUAUGAGACGCAGACACGAUGACAACUCUGUCCGGGUUAUUAACCUUUCAGAGGAUACACUGGAACCCGACUUGCCCGAGCUUUUCCGACCAUUCGAUGCCAUAAGUCGAGUUUAUCUUGCUAUUGACAAGAAGAUGGGGAUGAGUCGAGGGUUCGGUUUUGUUAACUUUGUGAACAAGGAAGAUGCCCAGAGAGCAAUAAACAAACUAAAUGGCUAUGGCUAUGAUAAUCUCAUCCUCAGAGUUGCAUGUGCCACGCCAACGAAUUAGAUUAGGUAUCUUCAUUUAGGUUUAUUACUUAAAAAGAAAAAAUUUAGGCUACUUCAUAUAUUC